CCUAGGCACGUCCCCCAGACUUACUGGCUCAAUGACUAGCAGCCCACUUCUGCCAGGGACCUAUUGCGCUGCUGGUGCUAAGCUGCUAAUGGCACCCACGGGACCCAUCGUAGCGACAACCGUCUGAGCCUGAGCUGCAGUGCGUUAUUACGGUGGCAGAUACCGACACCGCCUCCUCCGCUGCUGGCAUCUUCUGUCGACUCACCACACCCGGGCCACCCCAUCUCUCUUCCCUUAUGUUUACCACUCUCUUCCUCUUGCUACCAGCUGCCCCCCGUUCUCUCACCGACAUCCUCGAUCUCUCUGCAAUGUGAUAAAGAUAAGGUCUCGACAAGUCUUCACUUCUUCACCAUCUCAACCCACACCUGGCCGUGUCUCUCCUUCACACUCUCCGUCUCGACGACCGCUCUUUCCCAGCAUUCCUCAGCUGUCACCGGGCGACACCUCAGCUCACCCCGCUGCUCUCUCCCCACCUCUCGAACGCAUAUACAACCAUUCGACGCAGGCAAGAAAGAUCACAGUUGUACCUAUAAUUCUCCUAUACCUUUGAGCUGUGUUUGGACUGUCGGUGUUCCAAGACAUUUCGGACAUCUGGUUUCCCUCUUCGAGUCCCGCUGUUCCUCUGUCGAGUCUUGGCCUGAUUACCGAACCUUUGUUGUGGUGGUGUCAUUAUUGGACCAACCAACACCUUCCAAGCUCCAACUACCAUAGUCAACCGACAACAAAGGAGAAGGUCCGCAGUGGUCCAUCACAAAGGAGACUGGGCGGUUCUAUCAUAACAAGUCAACUGAUCUGAUCCGAUCUCUUUCUUGUCGAUUUCCGGCGGCAGCCUUGGUGGCAACUCCUGUGGCUGCCUGCUGAUAGACAGCUUCGUCCUCUCUGACACACCUACACACUCCUCACAUCAGCUCCACCUACUCGACGAGUCUCCUUACUUCAGACAAUAUCUCUUCAACAACUACUAUCCUCAACCCUCUCUUUCUCGCUAUCCUAUACCCCUGCCAGGAACCAGUCCAGUCCCAUUUAUGAUCAUGACACAAUAACUCGACGCUCUUUACGCCCCCUAUCGCUUGUUCGACUGCACAACGGGCCUUCAGGCUCUGCGUCAUCGAUCAGCUUUCCUUUGUUUUACGUUUAACGACCUAUACCUCUCUAUGAACCUCUGGCACCACACGACGACUAGGAGUUUCGCGGUUUUUGUUCCCACUUUGGGUUCUCGCACAUGAUACGGGUGGUUGAAGAUUUGACGUUAUACGGUGGAUAUAUGCUUGGUGUCUCGGUUUCUGCUUUCAAAGUUGUCUUCCCGCUCUGAGCACGCCCGCUCACCCACGCUCGACGCUAUCCUCUCUCCUGUCUAUACGCUUGUACAGAAUUCCUCGUCACGACAUCUCUCGUCUCUAUCGGGGGAAACAGGGGCUUGCCACUGCAACUUGGAGGAGGGACUGUCCACUGCCCUAGACCUUUUGUCUGUUGGGAACCCUCGGAACCGUCAACAUGCCGACCGUGGAGUGUAUGAAGGAUGGUUUCCGCAAGGGCGAGCUACUCGACGGCCGCUUCAAAACAAUUGCUCCUCUAAACCAUGGCUCGUUUGGAAUGGUUUUCUUGGCCGAGGACACUCGAACCGGAGAGGAGGUGGCCAUUAAAUGCUUGACCAAGCCGUCUGUUGCGGGCAAUUCGGCCCAUAGCUCCACUGCUGACGAAGGUGGCGAAGAGCUUGCUUGUCACGCCAUCCUCAAGCACCAUGAUCACCUUGUCAAUCUCGUCCACCACUUUGAGACAGAGUCUCAUACCUAUCUGGUCCUUGAAUACUGCUCUCAAGGUGAUCUCUACGAGGCCAUCCGUCUCGGUCGUGGACCCCUCCAGACCGAGCAUGUUCGGCGAUUCAUGUUACAGCUGAUUAGCGCCGUCCACCACAUGCAUUCCAAUGGCCUCUUCCACCGUGACAUCAAACCAGAGAACAUCUUCCUGACCCAUGAUGGCUCUGUAAAGCUUGGUGAUUUCGGAUUGGCUACUCGCAGUCUGUGGUCCUAUGAGUCUUGCGUCGGGAGUGAUCGGUACAUGGCCCCAGAACAGUACGACCCUGCUGGCAACGGCUACUCGCCGGCAAAGGCUGACAUCUGGUCUAUCGGAAUUUGCUUGCUCAAUGUCUUGUUCGCCAAAAACCCCUUUGUUACCCCCACGGAAUCGGACGUCCUCUUCGCGGACUACCGUCGAGACCGUCAGUCCUUGUUCGACAUCUUCCCCAACAUGUCGCAAGACACGUUCGAGAUUUUGUCAAUUGCCAUGGCCUUGGACCCCGCCAAACGUGACCUGGGGGCGCUGAAGCAAGCUAUCCUUCGAGCUGUCUCUUUCACCACAGACGACGAGUCACUAGACGAUUUCUGUACUGAUGAACGUGACGUGGUGAGGGCCAGCGCCAACCGUGAGCCUCUUCGGACCCCCUCCAUCCAAAGUCCUCAUAUGGAUGGCGAGUCGUUCCCCUGGGCUAAGGCUCUGCACUCGAGCCCGCAACGAAAGCAGCAGCAACUGGCGUCGAUUCCCGACAUGUAUGACGAGGAUUUGUUUGAUUCCGACAAGAGCCUGAAGCUCGGUGAGUCCUGGUACUCUGGCCACUACAACACUCCUUCGCUAUCUUCGGUCCUCGACUCGGCAUACGGCUCCUAUAAGUCCAUGGCCAUCAAGCGUCCAAGUGUCCGCAACCCACCUCAAGCGGAUCCCAUGCCGAUUCCUCACUCUCUGCCCUCCCGUGCGUCCCGCCCCAUUCCAACCAUGUCUUCGGUAUUUGGCAAGAAGAAUGACGUCGUGGCCAAGAGCUGGAGCGACAUGUUCGAGGAGGAUGAGGAAGAAUCGGAGCGUGAGGCAGCUAUGGAGCAGCGUCGAAACCGCGAUUUCCGCACGUGGAGUCAAGACAGCAGCAAGCCUCUCCCGGUUCCUCCUGGUGUUCUUACCGAGUCCAAGAGUAGAUCGUCCAGCAAUGCUCGUCGCAGCCGUACACCGAAGCCAGUGGUGUCUGUCAAGCCUGGUCAGUGUUCAAACGAGAACGACCCCUUCGGCUGGCGCGUUCGGACUCCCCGCCAAUCAUCUUCAAAACACGCGGCAGUAGACAAGUGGGCUGCUCUAGGCAACCGGCGACGCAACCCCCAAACGGAGGUGGAGCACCCACCAUUCAGUGCCAAAAAACGUGCCUUCACCACGGGGUCGCGAAAGAGGCCGAACAUGAAUGGCAUGGAACAGCAUACGCCUCUACGGCGGGAUAGUCGAAACAGAGCUCGUCCUGCGUAUCUGAACCAGGAUUGGCGUCAAGCCCGGGUGAUUGACUCAUCGGCCGAUGAGGACGAUCAUGAGUGGGUUGGAGGUUGGCACAACUUCCAUUUGUGAUUCUUGAGCAUUAUGUCCUUCCUGUUUGGCUUUUUGGGGCUUCCUUGUGUGAACCGGGCGACUUUGAUUGAAAGGAGGAUUUAUUUAACUGGUCAUGCGCACAUACUCGAAUCACCCUCGCUUUUGUCCUGGAAUCAGACCUUGACACUGAUGGCUUUUGCGAAACAACAUGGGAUUGUUUCUUUGACGAGGUGUCAUGGAGUGUACCAACAGUCUGGACAGUAUCUGGACAAUGGCUUUGGGCUUCAUGGGGCGUUUGCGGAUGCGGUUGAUUUCCCCGGUAUUACAGCACUUUGCAAACAGCAUGAUUCGACCCCCCCAAAAAACAGUAUUGUUAUAAGAUUAAGACCGGUUCACCCAAAAGGGGACUUUGGAGAAGCAAAAAUGGAAUGACAAGUUGGUUUGCUUGAGAAUCGCAUCAAUUCUCCGGCUGGGGCUUUUAUAUUGUGGCGGGUUGAUUGUGGUGGAUGCGAAGGAGAAGAGUUGCUUGUCAGCCAAAAGAGUAGCUAGAUUGAUACUUUCUUUGCCUGCCAGUGCGGCAACUUUCAGAGAACGGAGAAUUAUAACCCAUUCAUCAAGACG